AUGUGCACUGUGAACUUUGUAUCUUACAAUUUCCCGUCGAAUGAGAUUCGUACAGUGGCUAGUAUUUUCAAGAGUUAUAACAUCUCGUCUGCAAGCAAUGGAGAAUGGACUGUUGAAAAACUUUCAUUUGAGAUUUUCUCUACUCUGACUAACACGAGCAAUUAUAAUUACGAUGUGACUGCCUUCACAUUUCGUCUUCGACGUAGCUCAAUUUUCUACGUUGUGCUGAUAAUAAUACCUUCAUUUGUACUUGCAUUUCUAUGCGUCCUUGGAUUGUUUUGGUCGAAAUUUGAUCACAAUGAUUACCUAGAGAAGCUUGGCUUCGGUUUUGCUGCCAUACUUGCAAUGUGUAUGGUUCUGGAAAUUGCUGAGGAGUCAGUUCCCAAAACCAGGCAGCUGCCAUUGUUCUGUAUGUUAUGGUAA